AGAGCUCCACCGCACAGGGAGAAGGCAUGGACUGACAAUCUCCGACAAAAAGCCCACACUUAAGCCAGGCUAUGUUGAGAGAAUACAUUUGGACAUCGGGAUUUGUUCAUGGACUCGGAGUCGAAGGAGUUUUCUUUUUGUCCAGAUCUAUGUAGUACGUGGCGUCUCAUGACUGCACUGAAGUAGCCUGAAUUAGGUUCUUUUGCGGCAAAACAUACGUGCAUCGUUUUCACAUUGCGCGCAAAGACAACGACAGCAACCUGGACUACUCUUGUGAAACAGGAAUGGUUUAUCCUCCCGAAGGUUUAUUCUACAUCGAAAUGGAUCAAGCACCACCAGCUCUCCCUCCCAGGUCAACAAAACCAGCGUCUUCCACCAUGAACAACAACUGCCCCUCGCCACCUACAUAUUCGCUACAGGACGCCGAAUGGUAUUGGGGAGACAUAACUAGGGAUGAGGUAAAUGAGAAACUCCGAGACACACCUGAUGGCUCCUUUUUGGUGCGUGACGCAUCCACAAAGCUGCAAGGAGACUUUACGCUGACGUUAAGGAAAGACGGGCACAACAAGCUCAUCAAGAUUUACCACCGCGACGGGAAGUACGGCUUCUCGGACCCCCUCACAUUCACUUCGGUGGUGGAGCUCAUUUGGCACUAUCAGCACCAUCCGUUGGUGGAAUAUAACGCCACACUGGAUCUGAUGCUCACACAUCCUGUAUCCCGCUUCCAGCAGGUGAAAGAAGACAGUGUCGAUGUCGCUGGAAGAAAGCUGAAGGAGGUUCACAAUCAGUAUCAAGAGAAGUCGAAGGAGUUUGAUUGUCUUUACGAAGCCUUCACAAAAACCUCACAGGAAAUCCAGAUGAAGCGAACGGCAAUUGAGGCCUUUAACGAGACGAUGUUGAUCUUCGAGGAGCAGUGUCGCGAACAGGAGCGUUAUGGAGAGGAGUUUGAAAGGAACAAUCAGUCCGACGAAGCCGACACAGACCUGGAGAGGUACUUCAUUACACCGUGCUUUCUGAUAAAUUACGAGAAGCUGAAGUGUCGGCUCGGGGAGAUAUAUGACAGCAAAAUCCAUCUGGAGGAAGACUUGAGAACGCAGGUGGAGGACUACAGAGAGACGGACAGGAAGAUGAACAGCUUGCGACCUGACCUCAUCCAGCUACGCAACAUCAGAGACCAGUACCUCAACUGGCUUAAUCACAAAGGCGUACGGCAGAAACGCAUAAAUGACUGGCUGGGGAUACAGAGUGACAGCCUCGAUGACACAUAUGUGUUGAAGGGGGACGAGAAGAAUUUGCCACAUCAGGAUGAGACGAGUUGGUUUGUCGGUGAAAUGAGUCGGACGCAGGCGGAGGAGAUGCUUCAAGGUAAAGCUCCUGGAACAUUCCUGAUCCGUGAGAGCAGCAAACAGGGGUGCUACGCCUGCUCUGUUGUUGUGAAUGAAGAAGUGAAGCAUUGCAUGAUCUACAGCACACCACACGGAUACGGCUUUGCUGAGCCUUACGACGUCCACUGCUCACUGAAAGACCUUGUCCUGCACUACCGCCUGCACUCUUUAGCGCAACACAAUGACGCCCUGGACGUUCGGCUGUCACAUCCAGUUCACGCCAAAGCUGCAGCCACGCCUUCUCAACUUAUAGAGGAGCACAAACUCUUACAGACUCCAAAACACACAGCGGGGCUCCCGCCUGCAGCUCCAGAAAUGUAAUCCAACGGGGAGAGAGAGAGAGACAGAAGGACAUGUUUACUGUAUCCUGCGAGAACGACUGCAUCGAGGUGCAUUGUGUAAAGUUUUGCACUACAGUGAUUCCAUCGGUUUUUGUGAAUGGGAUUUCACAGAUUGAAGUGGGACCGGAACUUGAAUGUCAGCUUGGACUUUGUUUUUGUUUUUGUUUUGUUUUUUUUUUGGUUUCAAAGAGACUGUUUAAGCUUUCAAAAAAAUUUUGUACUUCAUUUAUUGCCGUUUGUUUAAUGGACACUAUCGGUAGGGAUGUUGACAACCAGAAAAUUGCUCACUGACGUCAGGUGCUGCACCUUCAUUUGACUUCAGCUUUUACAACUAGAGUUAAUGUUGCUAGAGAUGUCCGUUUCCCUAGUUCUGAAAAUUUGACCAAUAUGUUGGAUAUAUAUUGGGUUACUACUACUUAAUGCAUUUGUGAGGGGAAUACACAGUGCUGUAUACAGACUGAUUGCGUCAUAUCGGUUUGGUGGACCAAACCAUUUUUGGGUAAAUGCCAGGUGUGAAUAUGUGAAAAGUCGUGGUGCAUCGUGACCUUUUGCCCCUUUCUUAACUGACAUUCAUAUACAGUGGAUAAUUAUGUAGCAUUAACAUCUUGUAGAAUACCAUUGUAAGAGCAUACUCAAUGUUAUACCCAUUGACCAAAGCACUUAAUAGUGAGCAAACUACGUCCCUGUUUAGUCCGGUAAUUGCAUUUGGGCAAGGGGAGGGCAAUUUAUGUACACCUGCUGAUGUGCUGAUCAAAACAUAAUCUGAAGUACUGUAUGUUAUAUUCUGUUACUCAAAGAAGUAUAAGCUUUUUGUAUUCUAUAUAUAUUUUUUCUAUAAACAUGCCACAAGAUGAAAGCUUGAAGAACGUGCAAUCCAACAGUAUUUCUAUUGUUGCAAUGUAUGACGAUGAUGAUGGUGGUGAAGGUAAAGCUGUUAUGAGAGGUUGACAUUUGCCACAAAAAUGCACUCUCUUUGGUGGUGUCAGUGUGAUCUGGCCUCCGAUGUUUGUGUGAACUGCCAGAGGUCCGGAUGUAUCCUGCCUCCAUUACUUGAACUGUGGCAUUGCUCGAGCUAUGAAUGUUUUUCAUGACAUGCAGCCUACAUAGCUUAAGAGGAAAGGAAUCCAUGUUGAACUUGGCACAUUUUUCAAGUUUGAGGACAAUAGAUACUCUGUACAGAGAAACUGUAAAAUGUAUUUCUGAGGUUGGUUUAUGGAAGGAGGAUGAUUAAGCCUCUUAUAAAAAUAUAACUCCACUGGGGGAUUGAGGAAACUCCUCGGGUGAAGCUAAGCAAUGUGAGAUUCUGACCUUUUUCUUGCAGAGAGACAAUAAACUGAUGAGGGUUUUGUCA